AUGGGGGAUCAGCAGCUGUACAAAACCAACCAUGUGGCCCAUGGUAGUGAGAACCUUUUCUACCAACAGCCACCACUUGGCAUCCACGGUGGGCUGAACCACAACUAUGGGAAUACAGUCACAGGGGGUGGAAUGGAUGCCCCUCAGGCCUCACCCAUCUCUCCUCACUUCCCUCAAGAUACACGGGAUGGUCUGGGCUUGCCUGUUGGCUCCAAAAACCUUGGCCAAGUGGAUACUUUGAGGCAGGGAGGGUGGGGAGGCCAUUCAGGGCCUGGGAACCAUGUCCAGCUACGUGGCAACCUGGCCAACUCAAACAUGAUGUGGGGGGCACCAGCCCAGGCUGAGCCCACCGAUAGCUACCAGUACACCUACUCCCAGGCCAGUGAGAUCCGGACUCAGAAGCUCACCAGUGGUGUCUUACACAAGCUGGACUCUUUCACCCAGGUGUUCGCCAACCAAAACCUGCGAAUUCAGGUCAACAAUAUGGCUCAAGUGCUGCACACCCAAUCAGCAGUGAUGGAUGGAGCCCCUGACAGUGCCCUCCGCCAGCUGCUGUCUCAGAAGCCCAUGGAGCCUCCAGCACCGGCUGUACCUUCCCGCUACCAGCAGGUGCCCCAGCAGCCGCACCCUGGUUUCACUGGUGGGCUGUCCAAACCAGCCAUUCAAAUUGGGCAGCACGCUACCCAGGGGCACCUGUAUUAUGACUACCAGCAGCCACUGGCUCAGAUGCCAGUGCAGGGAGGACAGUCGCUGCAGGCCCCACAGAUGCUGUCACAGCACAUACAACAGAUGCAGCAACACCAGUAUUACCCGCAGCAGCAACAGCAGCAAGCUGGGCCGCAGCGUAUCUCCAUGCAAGAAAUACAGCCGCAGCAGCAACAGAUUCGCCCACCACCAUCUCAGCAGCAGCAGCAACAGCAGCAGCAGCUGCAACUGCAGCAGCGGCAGAGUUCAAUGCAGAUACCUCAGUAUUAUCAGUCCCAACCCAUGAUGCAGCACUUGCAAGAGCAGCAGCAGCCACAGAUGCACCUGCAGCCCCCAUCUUAUCACAGGGACCUUCACCAGUACACCCCGGAGCAGGCGCACGCUGUCCAGCUGAUUCAGCUGGGCUCCAUGCCCCAGUACUACUACCAGGAGCCCCAGCAACCCUACAGUCUUCCCCUCUACCAGCAGAGCCACCUGCCCCAGCACCAGCAGCGUGAGGACAGUCAGCUGAAGACUUAUUCUAGCGACAGGCAGGCCCAGGCCAUGCUGAGCCCCCAUGGGGACCUGGGGCCUCCUGAUACAGGAAUGGGAGACCCAGCAAGCUCAGACCUGACCCGAGUCAGCAGUGCCCUCACCCCUCGACCGCUCCUGUCCCCCAGUGGGAUCCACCUCAACAACAUGGGGUCUCAGCAUCAGCAGCUGUCUCCCAGUGCCAUGUGGCCCCAGAUGCACCUACCUGAUGGGAGAGCCCAGCCAGGGUCCCCUGAGUCAAGCAGUGGCCAACCCAAAGGAGUGUUUGGGGAGGAGUUUGAUGCCAAGAACAAGCUGACGUGCUCCAUCUGCCUGAAGGAGUUCAAGAACCUUCCUGCCCUGAAUGGCCACAUGCGGUCCCACGGAGGAAUGAGGGCCUCCCCCAGCCUCAAACAGGAGGAAGGAGAGAAAGUCCCGCCGCCUCAGCCCCAGCCGCCACUGCCGCCUCCGCCUCCGCCACCACCGCAACUCCCUCCCGAGGCAGAAAGCCUCACGCCUAUGGUCAUGCCCGUGUCUGUCCCUGUCAAGCUUCUCCCACCCAAGCCCAGCUCUCAGGGGUUCACCAACAGCACCGUUGCCGCUCCUUCCGCCAGAGACAAGCCGGCCAGUUCGAUGUUGGACGACGAGAUGCCUGUGCUCGUGAGGAUGACCCUCUCUCCCCCACGCUCACCCCAAGGGGCUGCCCCCCGCAUGCCUGCUGAAGUCCCCAGGAAGCAGCAGCCGGGCGUGCCCAAAGCUGAGGAGCCCCUCAAGACGGCGCCGGAGAAGAAGAAGUUCCGGCACCGGCCCGAACCGCUCUUCAUCCCGCCACCGCCCUGCUGCAACCCCAACCCCGCCGCCGCCUCGCACUCGGGCGCCACGCUCUACCAGAGCCAGCUGCGCUCCCCGCGCGUGCUCGGGGACCACCUCCUCCUGGACCCCACCCACGAGCUGCCCCCCUACACGCCCCCGCCCAUGCUCAGCCCGGUGCGCCAGGGCUCGGGGCUCUUCAGCAAUGUCCUCAUCUCCGGCCACGGCCCGGGCGCCCACCCGCAGCUGCCCCUCACGCCCCUGACGCCCACGCCGCGGGUGCUGCUGUGCCGCUCCAACAGCAUCGACGGCAGCAACAUAACAGUCACCCCGGGGCCUGGAGAGCAGACUGUGGAUGUUGAACCACGUAUCAACAUUGGCUUGAGAUUUCAAGCAGAGAUCCCAGAACUUCAGGAUGUCUCUGCCCUGGCCCAGGACACACACAAGGCCACACUGGUAUGGAAGCCCUGGCCAGAGCUGGAAAACCACGACCUCGAGCAGAGAGUGGAGAAUCUUCUGAAUUUGUGUUGUUCAAGCGCGUUGCCAGGUGGAGGGACCAAUUCUGAAUUUGCUUUGCACUCUCUCUUCGAGGCCAAAGGUGAUGUGAUGGCUGCUCUGGAAAUGCUGCUGCUGCGGAAGCCAGUCAGGUUAAAAUGUCAUCCUUUAGCAAAUUACCACUAUGCCGGUUCGGACAAGUGGACCUCCCUAGAAAGAAAACUGUUUAAUAAAGCACUAGCCACUUACAGCAAAGACUUUAUUUUUGUACAGAAGAUGGUGAAGUCAAAGACAGUGGCCCAGUGUGUGGAGUACUACUACACGUGGAAAAAAAUAAUGCGGUUAGGGCGGAAACACAGGACACGCCUCGCAGAAAUCAUCGAUGAUUGCAUGACAAGUGAAGAAGAGGAGUUAGAAGAGGAGGAGGAGGACAUGGAAGAAGACAGGAAAUCCACAAAAGAAGAGGAGAGUGGAGUGCCGAAGUCCCCAGAGCCGCCAUCAGUCCCUGUCCUGGCUCCCACAGAGGGACCACCCCUACAGGCCCUUGGCCAGCCCUCAGGCUCCUUCAUCUGUGAAAUGCCCAACUGUGGGGCCGUGUUCAGCUCCCGACAGGCACUGAAUGGCCACGCCCGCAUCCACGGUGGCACCAACCAGGUGACCAAAGCCCGAGGUGCUGUCCCCUCUGGGAAGCAGAAGCCUGGAGGCACCCAGAGUGGAUACUGCUCAGUAAAGAGCUCGCCCUCUCAUAGCACCACCAGCGGUGAGACGGACCCCACCACCAUCUUCCCCUGCAAGGAGUGUGGCAAGGUCUUCUUCAAGAUCAAAAGCCGAAACGCGCACAUGAAAACUCACAGACAGCAGGAGGAACAGCAGAGGCAAAAGGCUCAGAAGGCAGCCUUCGCGGCUGAAAUGGCAGCCACCAUUGAGAGGACUACAGGGCCAGUGGGGGCGCCAGGGCUGCUGCCCCUGGACCAACUGAGUCUGAUCAAACCCAUCAAGGACGUGGACAUCCUUGAUGACAACGUUGUCCAGCAGUUAGGUGGCGUCAUGGAAGAGGCCGAGGUCGUGGAUACAGAUCUUCUCUUGGAUGAUCAAGAUUCAGUCUUGCUACAGGGUGAUGCGGAACUAUAAAGCCCUGUUUGUCACUUAGAGACAGUGAAAACCUAUGGCCUGUCGUCAUUAAUCAGGAAACCUGGACUGCCUGCUUGUUUUGUAACCCUUUCAAACUACCUGUUUAAAAAGUGGUCGUUUUAUUCAGGUUUAGGGGGAAGAAAUCCAGUUUCUUUAACUUUUAUUUUAAAAAAAAGAUUGUUUUUGUGGGAGAGUUGGAGGGAAUAAAUAAUUGGCACAACUGUCUUUAGGAGGCGUUUCAUCUGGGCUAGAUACUCAUGAAAUUGUUCCCAUCAGGGAAUGAACCUGAUGUUCACGUUCCAUUGCUUUCAGAUGUCAACCAUUGUGGUUGCCUUUUAUCCCAAAGCUUGCUGUGAGUGUGUGUGUGAAGCACGCUGCCCUCUUUGUGCUGGGGCCUUGGGCCAUCUUUCCCACCAAGAGUUAUUUUUAUUCCGUUCUGACCUCAUUCUGUAGUUUGCCAUGAACUUGGCAUCUUUGCCAGGAGACUCUAGGCUGGGGGUAACUUUCCAGGGGGCAAAGCAAGCCCUCAUGUGGCAUGGCUCUUCUCCAACAUGUGUGGCAUUUGAGGAGUUGGCCAAAUGUGAAAAUAGGUUUCCCCCUGCAUUGCCUGUUAUUUUUUGGCCUGUUUGCAGGAACACUGUACUGUAUAAUUUUAGGCUUUCACUCCCAGCAGUGAUUUACUGAGGAUCUACUUUAGGGACCAGAGGUGUCCUCUUCCAUGUUUCCUUGGGGCUGGUCAGCUCUGAGUUGUGGGUGGCAGUGUUGAGUUUUCUGCAUGAGCUUACUAGAGACCCAUGUGGAGGCAGAUACCGUUGCUAUUAAGUUGCCAGAAUUGCUUUCAGUUUUAGGGAGAGUGGUUGAAGGGCUCACAUUGAAGUAUGUGAGAUGCCAGGAAGUGUUCUUUUGCCCAAAAAAUGGAUCAGAAAAGCCUAUUUUCUUUUGCAACACUGUUAGUGGUCGGUGGAGUUCUGAAAUUACCUUGUGCCACUUGGUAGUACUGUGAAACCUCAUUCAAUGAGAUUUUGCUAUAAUUCACGUCUGCUGGACUGAAGUUUACCUUGAUGCUGGCUAUGAGAAAUAGGAUUUUCUAACACAUGAUAGCAAAUACAAGGGAAAUGGCAUUGAAGGCCAACAAAAGUGGAUCAGAGACACUUUAGCUACGUUUGCAUUUAAACAGUAAAUGUAUUCAUUACAAGUCACUUACCAAAGCACUUCUAGACUUCUCUAAGCUACAUGACUUUGCUCUGCCUCCUCCUGUCCCUGUCAGCAGGGCUGCUGUUUGUACUUGACGGUAAUAAAUCUGUAUUCCUUCAAAAAUGUCAUUUAGCCCAGGCCUUUGAGCUGAGUCAGAUUGACCCAUCCCACUGUUAGGGCAAAAGUUAGCCUGGGUUGCAGCUCCAGUGCAGAGAGGAUCCUCCUUCUUGCAGCUCCCUCUUCAGUGUUAAUGCUGUGUGACUUCCAGAGCAAGUGUGUACAUGCUUGCUAGCGAGGAUAGUUCCCCAGCACCGUGUAAGUGUGGCUCUCAUUCUGGGCCUCUUUUCUGGCACAGUAAUAGCUUGAUAUUAGAGAGAAUGUCAGUGGAAGCAUGAGGGCAGGACCUGAGCAUCUUUUAAUUUGAUUCUGCAAAAGCAUUUGGCACAAACUCAUGGGGGGCUGGCUUUGGCCACAGCAGCCCCACACAAGUGGUGAUCUCUGAAUCUCAGGAAAGCCUUGGACAGAAGAAAAAUACAAAGAUUCUUUUCAUUUCCAUCUUUCUGUUUUCAGAGAAGAGGUCUUGGAGAUUUCCUUCAUCUUUAGGGGAAAAAAAGUGUUUUAUUUGCUGCCAUUUCGGACAGGUUAUUCCACCCUAUGUUUUAUCUAAGCAGUUGAGUUAGGAACUGCCUGGGCAGUGUGCAUUAGCUUUGAGGCAGAACUGUUACAGAACCAUUCCCACUGUCAUGUGAGCAGUUGAUC